CGAGGGCAGCCGCGCAUGCGUAAUGUACUCAACGCCCGAGGUUGGGGAGGCGUGGCGGUGAGACGGAAAGGGGGCGAGGCCUGUUCCGCGCAUGCGCACGGGCCCCGCCCCGCCGCCGCCUGUCUGUCUGUGCGCGAAAAAGGAGACACAAGAUGGCGGCGGCGGCGGCUCCUGCAUCGUGAGGAGGCGCUGAGGGGAAAGGCCGACCGCGCCGCCGCUUCCUCCUCCUCCUCCUCGGGAGAGGAGCCUCCGGGGAGCGCCAUGGCGGUCCAUAGAGCUCAGUACAUCUUUGGAGAAUUCAGCCCCGCUGAAUUUAAUGACUUCUUUGUGACGCCCCGUUGCUCCGUUGAGCUGCCUCCCUACAAUGAAACAAUUUCAUGUGGCCUUAAGUCCACAGGAGACCUCCGUGAUGGGGAAGAAUAUCAGAGAAUUGAAUUUGGUGUUGAUGAAGUUAUUGAGACAGAUUCCUCUGUGCUGAAUAACAGUGAUUACAGUAUUUCAAGUACUCUGAAUCCACAGGCACCAGAAUUCAUUCUUGGUUGCACACCUACCCAGAAAACGCCAAGUGAUGUACUCAACGAAACCAACUACAACUCCAUUGACUGCCAGUUCACUGACCCUGCUCUCGCUUUGGAUAGUGGUUCUAAUGCUGAGAAUGAUAGUUUACCUGGGAGCCUUGGGCAACGGGAACGAAAAAAGAAGAAAAAAAGACCUCCUGGAUAUUACAGUUACCUGGAAGAUGCCAGCGAUGGCAUUGUUCCUGCUGAGGCUUUGGUGAACGGACAUGCAAAUUCAACAGGACUUAAUAGCUUAAGCACAGACGAUGUAGAACUUUCAGGUGAUGCCCCGUCAGUCACUCCAAGGACUUGUGACAGCCCUGAAAAUUCUGUGGACUUUGCUAGUGAAGCCGCUUCUGAAGAUUUGGUUUCUAAUGCUGUAGAUGCUACAAGGACUGCAGGGCAGCCUGAAGUGUGCAGCAUUGCUAAUUUAGAACAGUCAUGCGUCCCUUCCGAGACUGGGAGGGAUAGCCCCUUAAGGACAGCUGUACAGCCUUACGCUGGUACUGAUACUACUGAAACCCUUGGCGUUACCAAUGGUCAAACACUUGAAUCCUCUAAUGAGGGCACAGCUGCCAAUGGGGUAGACUUGCAUACUGUGGAGAGCACUGACUCAGACCAAGUGAAGCCUGAGGAUGCUUCAUCUACUACUGAGGCAGCCACCCCUGUUUCAGGAUCUGCUGUGGUUAAUCAGCCUGCGAAAUCGUGGGCAAGUCUCUUUCACAAUUCCAAGCCCUCUGUUUCCACACCUAUGGCUUAUGUGGAGACUAAGUAUACCCCUCCUGCCACAUCUCCUGUGGUCCCGGAGAAACAGGUUGAAGUGAAAGAGGGGCCUGUUCCAGUUUCUGAGGAUCCUGUAGCCAUAAAGAUUGCAGAAUUACUGGAAAAUGUAAAACUAAUACAUAAACCAGUAUCCUUGCAACCACGAGGGCUGAUCAAUAAAGGAAACUGGUGUUAUAUCAACGCUACACUGCAAGCUUUGGUGGCUUGCCCUCCAAUGUUUCACCUCAUGAAGUCCAUUCCAAUGUAUUCGAAAUCACAGCGGCCAUGUACAUCAACACCAAUGAUAGACAGCUUUGUCCGCCUAAUGAAUGAGUUUACAAACAUGCCAGUCCCUCCUAAGGCAAAACAAGCUUUAGGUGAUAAAAUUGCAAGAGACAUCAGGCCAGGAGCUGCAUUUGAACCUACGUAUAUUUAUAGAUUGUUGACAGUUAUCAAGUCAAGUCUUUCUGAAAAGGGGAGACAAGAAGAUGCUGAAGAAUAUUUGGGAUUUAUUCUAAAUGGCCUACAUGAGGAAAUGCUGAUCCUAAAGAAAUUGCUGUCUCCACACUGUGAAAAACUUGCAGUUUCCAAUGGCCCAGAGACUCAGCCUUUAAAUGAAGAGGAGGAACAGGAGAAGCAAGGUGACGGCAGUGAGGAUGAAUGGGAGCAAGUGGGACCACGCAACAAGUCCUCUGUUACUCGGCAGGCGGAUUUUGUCCAGACUCCAAUUACAGAUAUAUUUGGUGGUCACAUAAGAUCAGUGGUUUACCAACAGAGUUCAAAGGAAUCUGCAACUCUGCAGCCAUUUUUCACUCUGCAGUUGGAUAUCCAGUCUGAUAAGAUACGCACGGUUCAGGAUGCACUGGAAAGCUUGGUGGCAAGAGAGUCGGUCCAGGGUUAUACCACAAAGACUAAGCAAGAGGUGGAGAUCAGCCGAAGAGUGACACUAGAAGAACUCCCUCCAGUUCUUGUCCUACACCUCAAGCGAUUCGUCUACGAGAAAACUGGGGGGUGCCAGAAACUCAUUAAAAAUAUUGAAUAUCCUGUCGACCUGGAAAUAAGUAAAGAGUUGUUGUCUCCGGGUGUCAAAAGUAAAAUUUUUAAAGGCCAAAGAACCUACCGGCUCUUUGCAGUUGUCUAUCAUCAUGGAAACAGUGCGACUGGUGGACAUUACACUACAGACGUCUUCCAGAUUGGCCUCAAUGGCUGGCUGCGCAUAGAUGACCAAGCCGUCAAAGUGAUCACGCAGUACCAGGUGGUGAAGCCGUCUGCCGAGCGCACAGCCUACCUCCUGUACUACCGCCGAGUUGACCUGCUUUGAAACCUCCUCUUUUUUUUCUGCUGUGUUUGCCAGAUUACCUGCUUUCUAGAACGCCAACUCUCUCUAACCCUUAACUCUCCUCCCCUCCAUGCUCUUCCGAGUGAAUCCUCCCCUUCCCUCUUGCAACUGUGGGAUAGAGUGAAAGGGAUGGCUUUCUUUUUGGGGUUUGUAAGCAGCCCGGGUUGUGUUGGCUUAUUGACUUUGCUGAAUGAAGUCUUUUGGGUUUGAAAGACUUGGUCUCACAAAUCACACACACAUACACACAGAGAGUAAUUCCUUUUUUUUUUUUUUUUUGUGCUAAUGCUGAAUCCUAAGAGAUUAAAAUAGGAUUUGCAGCUGAUUCCCACUUUCUAAUUGCAUAGUAGAAACAGCCCUGCACCAGCAACAGAAUUGUAGAUUUCUGUAGAUUUUACUUAAAUGAAAAAACUAAAAAAAAUCCCUCUACCUAAGUUCCCCAUUAGUUUUUCCCUUUUUACUUUCUUUUUUUGGAUAAAUGGUAAAAAUGAGCCACUGUCUAUCAAGGAAAAAUGGUCCUCAUUUAAAAAAAAAAUACUCUACAAAAAAGUAUAAUAUACAGAGUUGCUGGUUCCUGAUAGGAAGAGAUACACAUUUUAAUAAUUGUGCGAUGAGAAACUGCUUAAGUACACAUUGCAGAUCAAAAUACUUGGAGUUAAAAUGUUAGUCUAUAUAGAUGGGUGAUUGUAACUUUAUUGCUAUUAAGAGAUUUCAAAACUGCAUUUAUGCUUCUGUGUACAUGGGAUUUUAAAACAAAAAAAAAUAUGGGCAAAAUGAUGAAGGUUGAUAUUUCUUUCAGUCUGCUUUGUUUAAUUUUGCUGUCUGCUCUCCUAUAAUGUUGAGUUCCUAAGUGUACACAGUCUAGUGAUAUCUAGGAGUAUAAAGUUGUCGCCCAUCAAUAAAAAAAAAAGUCACAAA